UCACUUUAAUUACACACGCACUCGUACUCGUUCUCAGGAAGAAGAACCGCUGUGUGCAUCACUGUAUCUCUAAACUACACAAAUCAAAAACACCACCUAAAUCUUCUUUGAUUUCUUUCCCUUUGAUCUCAUCUUCUUCCUUUGUUCUUCCCAUUUUUCUGGAUUCAAUUCUUCAGAAACCAGAGAAAGAAUGAAAGCAGCUCAAUCAUGGUUUACAGGCACCAAGGAAUUGCCGCAGACAACUUCCGCCAAACCAUCGACUUCAUCGUCGUUGUUAGCUGAUUGGAAUUCAUACGCUGCUACUCAAGAUCAAGAUUCUUCCACCGAUUUCUCUUCUACUUUAGGUUUUGAUAUUGAAUCCGCUGUCAGAUCCGCUAACGACACCGUUUCCGGCACUUUCAAUGUGGUUUCUAAAGGGGUGAGAGACUUGCCAGGGAACCUGCAGACUGCCACUAGUAAUGUACCCUCGGGAAAAUCUCUAAUGUACUUUGGUUUACUUCUAGCCACUGGAGUAUUUUUUGUCUUCAUUGCUUUCACUAUGUUCCUUCCGGUCAUGGUAUUGAUGCCUCAAAAGUUUGCUAUCUGCUUCACUCUUGGAUGUGGGUUCAUCGUUGGGUCGUUUUUUGCACUGAGGGGGCCAUCUAAUCAGCUAGCUCAUAUGUCUACGAAAGAGAGACUUCCAUUUUCAUUGGGAAUUCUUGGCUGUAUGUUUGGUACAAUCUAUGUUUCCAUGGUGCUCCAUAGCUACAUUCUAUCUGUUCUUUUCUCCGUGUUACAGGUAUUUGCACUGACAUACUAUGCUAUUUCUUACUUUCCUGGUGGUUCUUCUGGGUUGAAGUUCCUCACUUCUGCACUUACUUCAUCAGUUACGAGAUUAUUUGGGAGGUGACAUUCUUCAUAUCAAGCUGAUUGCUAAGUGUUAAUGCCAUCGUAGAAUUUAUUUUCUCUCUUCCACAUCAAACUCCCUGAUUCUGCUUGAUAAUUGAAGGAUGUAUUCUAAAAUGUUAUUGUGUAGCUGUAGCGCAGUGUUCCCUCAUUUGUGAAUGUUUAAAAAUCUAUGAGUAUAGCAAAUCGUACAGGAAA